UGGGCAAACAGAAAAGUAGUGUGAAAAAAUCUUGGGAUGGAGUGAAUAAAAUUUCCACCAUGCAUAUCAUAUCUACUAAAAAAUUCACUCUCUACUCUCUAAAGUCUACUAACAUUUUUCCUCUACCCACCACAAACGAACCAUUCUUUAUGAGUUUAAGUGAUCUUCCACACCCACAUGAGAGUAUUAGAGAAACAUAUAUACUCAAAGCCAUGGAAUUAAGUUCCUCCAUUAAAGAUUCAUGGAAGGUUUUCAUAUUAGGAACCAUUAUUAGUUGCUUAAUGCUUCUUCUUUUCCUAACUGAAAGUGACCAAAAAUCAUCUCUUUCAGGUGCUUCCAUUAAUUUCCUACAAAAAUCUUCACCAUUACAAGAAUCAUCAAGCUCAACCAUGCCUUUAAUGGCUCCUCAACCUUCCAUUAUAGCUGGUUAUGAUGAAUCUUUUGUGGGUACAACUUUUAAUGGUGAAGAAGUUAAAGCUAGUACUAUUGCUGAGUCUCCAAAAGCUUCAUUGCCACCAUUUUCUUCUAAAAAUGUCAAUCUUAUGAGUCCUGUUGAAUCACUCAAUUCAAGGGAUGAAAAUUUAAGUUUUGUUGAUUACAAUGAAGGAGUAGUGGAAAGGUGUAACAUGUUUGAUGGAAGAUGGGUUUAUAAGGUGGAUGCAAGAGCAAGCUAUUGUCCAUUAAGGUGUCCUUUUAUUGAAGAAAAGAUGAGUUGCUUAAAAAAUGGAAGACCAGAUUUUGAGUAUGAAAAAUGGGUUUGGGAAUCUUAUGAUUGUGAUAUACCAAUGUUAAAUGGUACGGACAUGGUGGAAAGAUUUAGAAACAAAAGAGUGGUGUUAGUAGGAGAUUCGUUAAAUCGAAACAUGUGGGAGUCUCUUGCUUGUACACUCUAUUCAUCUAUUCCUUAUCCUUCAACUAAAGCUCAAGUUAAGUUCGAAAGUGCACAUAUUAAGACUUUCUUGAAGGCAAAGGAUGAAUAUAACUUUACAGUAGAAUUUUACUGGAGCCCAUUUUUGAUAGAACAUGACAUAAACCAUGAAAGUGGAAAGAAAGUCCUUGUGUUAGAUAAACUUUCGUCAAACUCUGAAUCAUGGACUGGUGCUGAUAUUUUGAUUUUUAAUUCUGGCAUGUGGUGGAGCCAAACUGGCAAUAAAAAAGGAUGGGAGUUCUUCCAAUACAAUGGGAAACUAAUAGAGAACAUGCCACUACACCAAGCCUACACAAGAGCAAUGAGAACAUGGGCAAAUUGGGUAGAAAACAACGUUAAUCCUAAACAAACAAAAGUAUUCUUUAGAUCAAUCUCAACCGAGCAUAAAGCUCCUCAAUAUCAUCAAUGGUGUUAUGAUCAAACUCAGCCAUUAAUGGACUCUUAUAGAUCUCUAUACCCUAAAACACUUAUACGUGUUAUUGAGACUAUAAUUAAAGGAAUGACUAAAAUAAAUGUCACGUAUUUGGACGUCACGAAAUUGUCACAAUCUAGAAUUGACGCUCAUCCUUCCGUGUUUAGGACUAAAGAUUGGAGAAAUCUUGCUAAAACGUAUACACAUAAUCUUUCUUCGUAUACUGAUUGUGGUCAUUGGUGUCUUCCUGGAGUUCCCGAUACUUGGAAUAGGUUAUUUUACGCUUCUUUAGUUUUUGAUGAUUUUAAUUAAUUUUGAGUAAUUAAUAAUAAGAAAGUUUAAUUUUUGUUAGUUAUAUAUUUUGAUCAUAAAUUUGUUGUAAGGAUUAAUUAGUGAUGUGUAUGUAUUUAUUUGACAUUAGAAAUAAAUAGAUGUAUUAAAUAUUUGAAUAUUUAUUAUAUGAAGUAUUUUAUUUAUCAAUCUUUGUAAAACUCCUUUGUCAGUUUGUCCAUUAUUCUUUUAUA